AUGGGACGAAAACGAUUGGAAGAAGUAGCUUUUGGUCACAAUUACAAGCCUUCGUCUACUAUUCCAGAUUAUCGAAAACUAGCACUUCCGAGACCUUUUACGCUUAACCUAAUAAGCCCCUUCCCUCCCUAUCCUCUAGAUAGGCAGAUCCUACUCGGUUUCGAACCCUUAGAGGGUAUAUAUACUGGGGAGAACCUUGCUUUGGCCCUAUGUGCUAUUAUUGACAGAUAUAGGAUUAAAGACCAAAUUCUGGCUAUCACCACUAAUAAUACGUCAAACAAUAAGACAAUGUUUAAUAAGGUCCAACGGACCUAUCCAGAUAUCUCUAUUGUUCAUAUUCCGUGUAUGGCCCUUAAUAAGCUCCUACAUCGGAUCAAAGCAAAGCCAAAGAACGACACGUGUGGACCGAUAAGCUACAAAAGGCUUCUACCUAGCGAGGACAGAAAGGGGAUAUUGCAAACACCCUCGAUAGGGUACGCCGGCUUACAAUAUAUAUUAACGGAAGCCCACAAAGGCCCCUACUUUAAUAGGUAUUGCUAUAUUAAGUGCCUAGACAACCUAAAGCUUGAUUUAGAGGAAUGGCGACAGGUUAACUAUCUUCUUUGCCUCACAAGACCAUUCUUCCUAUACAUAAGCACGUUCUCAAAGACAAAAGACGUGACUAUUCAUCAGGUGUUUAAGCUUUAUAAUGAGCUGUUUAAAUACCUUAAGGCGUUAAUCAGUUAA